AUACCUUACAAAUGGGCAACCUUUUAAUGAACAAAUUUCAAUUAAUUCGCACAACUUUGCCAUCGGAAAACGAUUACAGCACUCUAGGUCGUAUGCAACGUUCAAUGUAUUGUGGUUUCUUUGAGAACUAUGUGAUAAUGUGGAGUAAAAAUAAUGAGUUUUUCCAUGACUAUGAGCAGAAUUUAAAGAAAAAUCUAAUAAUGCAAUCGAAAAUAUUAAAUUGUGAUCUAACUGAGGAGGAAAUUGACACUCUAAUAUCUCAUAAAGUUACCACUUUAUAUGUCGGCAAUAUCUUAGAAACCGAACAAGCCCGCAAAACUUUGCAUGCUCUUAAGGAACGCUUGGAUGAAUUACAGAAAUUGGAAAAAUCUAUUGAAGAAGUUCAUUCCUUGUUCAUACGUCUUCAAAUUCUAAUAGCAGAUCAGGGUGUUCUAACACAACGCAUAGAAAAUCAUUUUAAUGAUUCUCGUGAUCAUGUGAAAGUGGCGGCCCAGGAGUUAAAACAAGCCGAAAAACUAAAAAAUAAAAAUCGAAAAAACAAGAUAAUUUUAAUAGUAUUGGGAAUAUUUGCCGUAACAUCGUUAAUAAUACCUAGAAAGAAAAAAUAAAUGCCGGAUAUAUACAAUUAUUUUAAUAUAAGUUUAAGAGAAAUUGUAAGAUCAAACCCAUAAGCGUGUAAAUUUUGAAAAAUAAAUUUGUAUUAAAAAAUCUUAAAGAUAA